AGCUGCGGCGGCAGCAGUAGCGAGCGGGCUACCAGCGGCGGGGCUCCCGCGCCCGAGGACUCCCGCUCUCCUCCGGGGACUCCCGCUCUCCUCCGCGCACGUCCCGUGCCGAGCCGAGCCAGCCGAGCCGUCCCUGCGCCGAGCACCCGAGCCGCACCCGGCGCCCCCAUGACUCUGAACCGCGGCGACAAGCUGCGCUACCUGGACAAGCGGCGCGGCAGCAUGCCCUUCUCGGCGCACCAGCACCUGCACCGGCGGAGCAUGCCGGUGGACGAGCGGGACCUGCGGGCGGCCCUGCCGCAGGGCGAGCUCGCCGGCCUGGUGCGCUGCACCUCGUACAGCCCCGGCGAGGCGCACCGCGAGAGCUGGGCCUCCGACUCCUCCGACUCCGUCAUCUCCUCGGGCAGCGACUCCGACAGCAACCUCUACAAGGUGAUCCUUCUGGGCGAGCACGGCGUCGGCAAGACCAGCCUGGCCCGCAUCUUUGGCGGCAUCGAGGAUGGUGCGGACGCGGAGGAGGCUGGAAACACAUACGACAGGUCGAUUGUGGUUGACGGAGAAGAAGCAUCUCUCGUGGUGUUCGACAUAUGGGAGCAGGAUGAUAGUCAAUGGCUUCAGAAUCACUGUAUGAAGAUGGGAGAUGCUUAUAUUAUUGUAUACUCAGUGACAGACAAAGUUAGCUUUGAAAAGGCUUCUGAGUUAAGAAUCCAGCUAAGAAGAGCAAGACAAACAGAAGAUAUUCCUAUUAUUCUUGUAGGCAAUAAGAGUGACCUGGUCAGAUCCCGGGAGGUCUCUGUUGAUGAGGGCCGGGCCUGUGCUGUGGUAUUUGACUGCAAGUUCAUUGAGACCUCAGCUGCCCUUCACCAUAAUGUCAAGGACCUGUUUGAAGGUAUUGUUCGGCAAAUAAGACUGCGCAAAGACAGUAAAGAAGACAACGCUAGGAGAAUGGCCAACACAAAAAGAAGAGAAAGCAUAGGCAAAAAGGCAAAGCGAUUCCUUGGGAGAAUUGUAGCAAAGAACAAUAAGAAGAUGGCUUUCAAAGCAAAAUCAAAAUCUUGUCAUGACUUAUCUGUGCUUUAGAAGCUUUCAGCAAAGCCAGAUGUUGCACGUGGCUGCUGAAUAAGCAUUUGACUGUUUUGAGAAGCAUAUGGAUGAUCCUCAUGGUGAUGAAACGAAUGACUAUCCAUUGAGACUUUAAUGCCUUAAGGUGCGCAAGCAAGACUGGAAGUUGCAUUACAGUAUCUGCUUCAUUGAUACAUGGUUUAAGUUUCAAUAUGUGCAAGUAAAUGAACUAGCAAGUGGCUUCACGUGCCCACACUUUCAUAUAUUGUGUACAUAUAUUUUAUGUCCUCUUGUCCUGUGGAUACCAGAGAUACAAAGAUGAGAAAGGAUGAUGAUAAAAUGAAUUAUCACCACAAACUUUUCUCAUUUGCAGAGUAAAACUUGAAAAAUGUACGCAGGCUCGUACACUCUUUUUAGUAUAAAGUAAGCAAUGUUAAACUUUUUAAAAUGGGGGGGUAGGAGGAGUAGAUCCAUAUUAGAAUGGGAGAAAGCAAAUUAUAUAUAUAGUUACAUACAGAAUAAAUACCAUUUUAUGAAGUUAAUUUGCACUUCCAUUAGCUGUUAUUCAAUUAAUUUGUUACUUGUUUACAGGUGGAUUUUAUAAUAAAGUAUUAUUUCCUGUUAUAAUAAACUGUGCUUUUCUCAUA